AUGUCUGAUCUGCAUCAUCUGCUUACAUUCCCAACGAGACCUAUAGGUCAGGACUACUUGACAAGCCUGCAGGAAUACCUUUCGAGUGGUAUACCGUCAACGUAUACGCUUGAACAGGCGGCUGCUUUCAUGAAAGAUGGAUCGGACGAUGUUGGUGAAUCGAGCUCUAAUACCACACCAUUGCAUAUUCUGGCCCGUUCGUUGCCUUUGGAUCUCUCACAGCAGGAGACUGAUGUGGUCUUGGAGAUGAUGAAUACGCUUUUCGAGUAUGGUGCAGGUUGGAAUUUUAUAGACUACGAGAACAAGACCAUUGGAGAUUUACUGCUCGAAAGAAAUCAAAAGAGAGAUGGGCCAUUGUACAGCAGAGUCGUGGAAGCAGGUGUAACGGCAGAAUUACUGCACCGGAAAAUUAAUGGCGGAGAGAUAGAGUUCAUUGAAGACCCCACAGACGUUGAACCACAGGUCAUCGAACCAACAGAGGAAGAAAUUGCCGAUCAUACAGCUGAUGACCAGGAUACAUACCUAGACACCAAGCUAGAGUACACAGAGGGAUUUCUUGUCACCAAAGAAAACAGAGAUGGUGUUAUGAUGGACUGGGAAACAGACAUAAUGGACCUCGCUGCCAAGACCAUUUGUCCCCCAGCGAGAGAACUCACCGUGCUAAAUAUCGGCUUUGGCAUGGGAAUCAUCGAUGGCCUGAUCCAAUCACACCACCCUCACAAGCACUACAUCUGCGAAGCACAUCCCGAUGUGCUAGCCAAGAUGAAAGCCGACGGCUGGUACGACCGCCCCAAUGUCGUAGUGCUCGAAGGCCGCUGGCAGGAUUCACUAAACGCUCUACUGGACGAAGGUACCGUUUUCUUCGACGGGAUCUACUACGAUACUUUCAGCGAACACUACGACGAUAUGCUCGACCUCUACAGUGUUGUCGUAGGCCUGCUCAAGCCCGAUGGUGUCUUCUCCUUCUUCAACGGACUGGGCGCAGACAGAUCACUAUGUUAUGACGUCUACCGCCGCAUCGUAGCCCUCGAUGUUCAAGACUACGGUUUAGAAUGCCAGUAUACGACCGUUCCAGUCACAAUUGAUCAGCAAUGGCACUCCGUCAAGCGCUCGUAUUACAACUGCAAUUACUACUAUCACCCACGGAUAACUUUCCGCUAG